AUGUCAGUCGACGACGUACUUUCUGUGUUCCUCGCCAAGGAUGGGGUAGUCAACAUCCCGUUCGAAGUGAAAACGCCACUUGCCGAGAUGAGCUUAUCCGAUACUAAGUCCCUGGCGCUAAAGCUUGUCGAUAGUCUAGUUCACUUGAAGGAUGACUCGGGGGAAUUUCGUGUUCCAAUCGCAACCGGAGGUUUCAAGGUUGACUCCAAAUCCUGGAACAAUUGGGAGUGGACACAGGGAGUUGGGUUGUAUGGAAUGUGGAUGCUCUUCGAGGUUACCGGAGAUGAGACAGUCCUAGCCCACAUUCAAAAAUGGUUCGAUAAACAAUUCGAAAAGGGCACGCCAACAAAAAACGUGAAUAGUAUGGCACCUAUGCUCACUUUAGCCUAUCUCUAUGAGAGAAGCAGAAAAAUCGAGUACCGAGGAUACCUUGAAUCUUGGGCAGAAUUUAUCAUGGAUGGGAUCCCUCGGACAGAGGAGGGUGGUAUUCAACACAUCACAUUUCGUCAAGUGAAUGAAGGGCAACUGUGGGACGACACUCUUAUGAUGAGCGUUCUGCCACUUGCCAAAAUCGGAGUACUGCUCGACCGCCCGGCUUAUGUUGAAGAAGCCAAACGACAGUUUUUGCUGCAUAUCAAAUAUCUGACAGACACGCGAACUGGCCUGUGGUAUCAUGGCUGGACAUUCCUGGAAAGGCAUAACUUUGCCGAAGCUCUUUGGGGAAGAGGCAACUCAUGGGUCACAAUUGCGAUUCCUGAAUUCCUUUCUCUCCUUCGACUACCUCCCGGUGACCAUAUUAGGGAAUUUUUGGUCUCUGCACUUGAUCAGCAAGUACGUGCACUAAAGAAGUACCAGAAUCCCAAUGGACUCUGGCAUACCCUCAUUGACGACUCAAGUUCUUACCUGGAAGUAUCCGCCUCGGCAGGAUUUGCUUUCGGGAUUUUGAAAGCAGUUCGAAUGAGAUAUAUCUCGAAGGAGUACCAGAGUAUCGGGCUAAAGGCCCUCGAAGCGGUUAUAAAUAAUGUCAACGAGAAAGGUGUCGUGCAGAAUGUUAGUUUUGGAACACCGAUGGGGCCGCGCAAGGACUUCUACAAGGCAAUCAAGCUCACCGCCAUGCCUUAUGGUCAAGCAAUGACAAUGCUGUGUGUAGUGGAGAGAAUGAGAGCUUUUUUGUAA